GCUUCUUUCUUCAUCCUGUAAUCCCUAAAGAUCUCAACUGCAAUUCACUUCAAUUUGCUCGAAUUUCGUAAGAAGAUCAACAACUCGAAAUGGAUAUCAGUCUGAUGGCUCUCGACACCCCUUUUUACCGCAACCUCCAUCACAUCCUCGAAGCCACCGAUGACGGCAACAACAAGUCAAGCACCGGCGGUCCUACUCGUGCUUACGUUCGUGAUGCAAGAGCAAUGGCUGCAACUCCGGCUGAUGUGAAGGAGUAUCCCAACUCUUACGUCUUCAUCGUGGACAUGCCGGGUCUGAAAUCCGGCGAUAUCAAGGUGCAGGUGGAGGAAGAGAACGUGUUGGUGAUAAGUGGAGAGAGGAAAAGGGAACACGAACAGGAAGAGAAGGAAGGUGUAAAGUAUGUGAGGAUGGAGAGAAGGAUCGGUAAGUUCAUGAGGAAGUUUGUAUUGCCAGAGAAUGCGAACACGGAGAAGAUAUCUGCGAUCUGUCAAGAUGGAGUUCUUACAGUAACUGUUGAGAAACUUCCUCCACCGGAGCCCAAAAAGCCCAAGUUGAUCCAGGUUCAGGUUGCUUGAAUCAAAGUGGAUCAUGUGGUGUGUUUCUAUGAGCAAUAUGGUUUGAAGAACGUCGACACUAUCGAUAUAUCUAAUAAUCUGUUGUUUUCCGAUUGAUAUUGCUGUAAUCAAUCUGUUGUUGUAGGAUCCUGUUCACCUUUUGGUCCUUUAUGAAAUCUAUGGCAAUGUUGAUGGUUUUCCUGCUUCAAACUUUUAAGCAGAACA